AUGACGGUUAAUGAUAUAAUUUUAGAUCAAGUCAAGGAGCAGCUAGCACCAUCCGAACCGUUAGAAUGUGUAUCAAGGAAAUUUCAAUUAGAAUUGAAGGAUAGACUACAGAGGAGUAAGAAAUCAAUGCUCGUAGGUGGUUGGGUCCCUCAACAAUCAAUGAUAAGAACUAGCGAAAAAUUUCCCGACACUUUCCUAGCAAUUGAUUUUGGUGGAUCGACAUUAAAAUUCGCAUUAAUUUCCAUGCCCAGUUGUCAAAUCGUCUUUCAAGAUGGGUUUGAUAUUACCGCUAGACUUGUUGACCAUAAAUUCUUUGAUACUAUGAUUACAUGGAUUUCAUUUAAACUAAACGAAUACCUUGCAGGCGAGGUACAAAGACCUAAAUUUUUGGUAUCCAUUACCUUUAGUUUCCCCUUAAAUGAUAAAUUAGAAAUUAUUACCAUGGGCAAAGGUUUUGAAAUGUCGUUGGACAUAUUAGGCAAAAGCGUUAAAGAAAUCCUUUCAUCUUCAUUUGAUCGGGUACUUUCAGAUCUACCUGGGAGAAGAUUUGACGUAGAGGUUUGUGAUGUGAUUAACGAUUCUGUUGCCGUUUAUUUGACAAGUAAAUUCAUGUGCAAGAACGAAAGCGUUUCCUUAAUCCUAGGUACAGGAAUUAAUUCAUGUUUUGAAUUAUCUCCAGAGAAAGUGCCGAUUAAGAAGAGACUCCAUAACACGCCGGGCAAUUGUAAUUAUCUCAUGAAUGUAGAGGCAGGAUUUUUGGGUAAUGAUGUGAUUAAUGUUACUAAAUUUGAUUAUAAUGGUGAUAGUGAAAGAAACAUGCCACUAGAGGAUAUCUCCUCAGGCAAGUGGUUGCCCAUUGCAUUUGCUAACAUUUUGAAACAAUACCAUAUCGUUGGGUUUGAUUCUACUUCAAUGGAUGGUGAAAUGUUGGUUGAAAUCGCAGAAAAUAGAUAUAAAGGUCAACUGGAUCGUGAUAGUUUGAGACUAGCUCGAGAAAUUUCGAGAUUACUCAUACAGAGAGGUGCAUUCUACGUGGUAGCCAUGUUAUUUGCUGUUGGCUCACUUGUUAACAGGGACAUUAACGAUAAUAAAAAUAGCGAAGUGAUUGAGGUUGGUUACGUCGGUUCAUUUUUGGCACAUUCAAACUAUUAUAAAAGUCAAAUUGCCUUAUUUUCUCAAAACCGAAUGCAUUUCCAAUUUCUCCACAACAGCAACCUACUUGGCGCUGCGGUAGCCACUUAUUUGAACAGAUGCAAUUAA